AUGGAAGGGCCCAGAUUGGUUAUUAAUAUCGAAUUUGGGGCGAGUAAAACAGUCGUCGGCUAUCAUGUCACCACAAAUGGGUGGAAUGGGCUUCCUGCGUUCUUAAAAAUACACAAUACCCAUAUCAUUCCAACGGCGAUCGCGUACACCCCAUGUGGCUUGUCAUGCUGUAUUGGAACGGAUGCCCAACGCCGAGAGAACUGUAUUUAUUGGAUAAAACAUAUAUUCGACGAUGCUCGCAUAUUGCGAGACUCUGAUGACGAGCUUCUCAAGGAGCUCGUCAAGUCGACAUGGCCGCAGCUACCUGACAGGCAACGCGAGGAUCCAUCCCUCGUCGUGUCUGACUUCCUGGGAAAGAUAUUAGGACAUCUCCAGAGUGCCUUGAAAGAUGACCCCACACUCAACGAAUUGCCAAAACAUUUCAUAUUCACCACGCCAUCUACUUGGUCGAGUUUUGCGCAUAUGAAGAUGAAACAGGCUGUAUAUUCAGCAGGGUUUACAAGCCCUCAAGACGCAAUGGUCUCUUUUACUUCAGAGGCCGAGGCGGUCGCCGUAUACGCCGCCAGUGAAGGGGGAUUCAACAUGGGGCAGCUUUGUGAAACAGGUGAUGGAGUUAUGGUGGUCGAUUGUGGUGGCAGCACCGUCGACAUAACUACAUUUUUGGUCGAUCAGAAAACCCCUUUUGGAUAUCAAAGAUUGACGGCAUUCACUAGUAACGCCUGUGGGGCUGUUCAGCUCCAGUCUCUGGUAUAUGCUAAAGCGUUGCAGCAAAGUCGGACGUCUGGUCCGAGGACGAGAAGCAAGGACAAGCUACUUCCGUUUGCCGUAUGGGCCCGGCAAAAGUUUCCAUAUGGACUUGUAUCAAUGCCCACUAAUACCGGGCUUUUGGAUGCUGCCUUGCGGCUGAUCUACAAUAGUUUUGCCAUCAAGAUCAUUAGCCAUAUUCGGCGUGAAAUUGCUUGCGCUAACAUCUGCGCUGGAUGCAAAGUUAUUAAGAAACUGCUUUUAGUGGGAGGUCUGAGUGGCUCGGCCGAGAUCUCAAACGCCAUUCAGUACGCAUGUGGAAACGAAUUCGAGAUCGAAUUUCACCAGCCACAUUACGAUUUUCGGAAUAUAGCCGUUUGUAUUGGUGGCACACUGCGCGGCCUCAUGGGACCGCAACUGUCCUUCAAAUUUUGGAGAUACUAUUAUCUGGUCGACGCGAACCAGCAGAUAAUCAUGAUCGUCAGCAAGGUAAUGCGUGAGCCUGGUCUAUCGAGGGAAGCCCCUAUGACAACGAACCAAACCAAGAUUGUUGGCAGAAUUAACUGCGACUUGUCACAAGUGCCGGGAGACUGGCAACUUCUGAACGUCUUGGUCAAAUACCGAGCCACAGUGAGAUCUGAAGGACAACAUCUUCCUCCCGAGCGCCUGCUCCAUCUGGCUGUGCACGAGUCGGAAAAAUGUAGAAUGAUUUGGACGGUUAGAAUGUCAAUUCCUGUAGGUACCGGGUUGCAAGGUGUCUUUCCUCGAGUCUCCUCUUAG